AUGGUUUCAAACAAGAUGCAGAAAUCAGUAAUGGUGGUUGUCGACAUGCUCUUUCAUCACAAACUCUACAAUCGUUACAUCAAGAGCACCUCCAAAUUCAUGGCUCACGACGAGCAGAAUCAGUGUAACAUAUAUUUUUCCAAACUUGAAGAUGACAAGGCGACUGUAACUUUGAAUAGGCAGUUAGAGAUUGCCGUUAGGGUUAUCAAGGUUUCAUCAAUUACUGAUCAUGUUGGGGUGCAAGACUCAGGUGCCAAACCAGUUGAUUUUGAUGAUGACAAUGGUGGUGGUCUGAAGCUUGAUAGGAGUGGCACCGCAACAAGGUUUGUCUCUAUUUUUGUUGUAUUCUGA